AUGACAGGGCUGCUGGCCGAUUGGCUGCUUUAUGCCACCUGGGUGCUUCCAUCCGUUCAUACAUUGCCGUAUCCCCUUGUCUCGGCUCGUUUAGCUAAUCUUUGUCUCGGUACAUCCCUCCUCAGCGAUGGUAGCCUCAACGCUUGCGGCGAGAGCUGCCAAUUGAGCCGCAAGACUCUUUUCGAGAUCACCUCUUCUAGCCCUCACCUCUUUGAUUCUAUACUUCCAGACACCAGUGAGUUGCCUCAAUCCAUUAGUAACGAUGGCCGACUCUCUCGUGAGGAGCCUUUUAGCUCGGUAGGCUCUCCUGUCUGUCUUUCUGGGCAGCCAAUACUGAUUUUCCCCGGAGAAGAUGGGUCCGGAUCUCGAAUGCUAUCUGGACAAAAUGAUGCUCUGCUUGCUGCUAGAAGUCAUCUCUGGGGUUGCGGUAUAUCUCGAUCUCUGCAGUCCGGACAGCGAUCUCGGAAACCACUGAGGCCACUUCAGCAAUUGCCUUCCAGGUUAGUAUGUCCGUCAUUUGCAUUGCAUCCUUCUCAGUCUACUUUUUACAUAUGA